UGUAUUUGUUACAGCAGAGACACCGUACAAGUGUGGGCCUUUCAUACAAUUUUUUUGUCGACAAAAAUUCAACAUUUUGACGCUGGGUCUAAGCAGCAAUGGCAGGACUGGGACACCUUUUGUCAAGGAACUCAGAUUUGAUAGGGAAAUGUCUCACUGACUUCUCAUGCAGGUCACUUAGUACCACCAACCCCUGCAGUGCUAUCAUCCUACUGAGCAGACUACGAUGUGUUGAUAACUCAGCUCUGGGCGCUGAGACCAUCAGGCACAAGCCUCCACGAUGCAUCCACGUCUACAACAAGCAGCGAGUCGGGAACGUCGGAGACAAGAUCCUCGUGGCCAUCAAGGGGCAGAAGAAGAAGGCAUUGAUAGUCGGCGUGAGGAGACCGGGCGAGAGCAUGCUGCCUCGGUUUGAUACGAACAAUUUGAUUCUCUUAGAAGAGAAUGGCAACCCGACGGGGACGCGGAUAAAGGUUCCGAUCCCUUCUCAUCUGAGAAGCAGACCAGAGUUUUCUAAAGUAUUCGCUAUUGCUAGUAAAUUUGUAUGACAAUCUUGGAAGAGAAGAGGACUCGAAUUUGUAUAUGACAUGUCGGAGUUGAACAUUGUGCUUGUUUUCAGCAAGAGAGUCAUGAAAGUGGUGCUUUCUUAGUUUUAAAUCAUAUUCAUUGUAAAUCCUAAAAAUGAAUAAACUUUAUCAAAGCAAUCAAUCUUGUAUGCUGUUUGGAUUCUGAUUCAUCACUUUUUCUUACAGAUUAAAAAAAGCAUUAAAAUCAUUCAACAGUGUGAUGCAGAACUGGUAAUGUAUUCAUUUAAACUUGUGUUGUUGCAUUGUUGUCCAUGAAAGGAUGAUUUAAAUGGCAAUUUCCCUCCCUCCCUCCCUCCCUCCCCCCCCCCCCCUCUCUCUCUCUCUCUCUCUUUCAUACAUAGAUUGCAUGUUGUUUGAUGGUUUGUUUUACCUGACUGCUAAUAAAGCAUGUGUAAGCUUGUAAGUAAGAAACCAAGGUACCAACAACUUAAAGUCCUCCCCAGUGGACUUAGUAAUGAGGAUUAAUGCCUUACCGAAGGGCACUAGCCCAUCAACUUGGUUUUGAACCAGGUUACGGUUACGAGACUAACGUUCUACGAUUUAUCCAUGGUGUCUCCAUUAGAGUCCAUGUAUAUUCUCAGCUGUUCUUACUCCUUCAGGUGGGGCAUCAAUAUUCUAGUGAGGGUAUGGCUGUAGACCACAUCCUUCCUUUUCCUCUUCUUUCAUUCAAAACCUGCAAUUUCUGUAAUUCUGUACUUGUAGAUUCAUUGACUGCAGAUUUGUAGCAUUUCAAGUCUUGGAAGAUUUUCUGAACCCUUGUAAGUGAUAAUCAUUAAUGUGACAACCUUCACCCACCCACUUAUAAAGACUAAGUUUUCUAGCAAUGCCCCUGACAAGAAAAGUACCCUACUCCUGUCAUGCUUGUAAUAAUGUUGUUCAACCCUCUUUAGAGAUUUUUUUUUCUUCAAGUACAUGUACCCCUAACUUUCGAAAAAACUCUCAUGGAUUAAUCCAGGCAGGUGAACUUAAUGGAGUGUUUUUUCAAAGGUAGUGCAAUGUAGCCUGAUAGAUAACAUAGGUCAAUAUAUUUGUGGUCCAAACAAACUCUUAUGCAGGACAUGUAAAAUUUGACUUUAUAUUAUAAUGCCAGUGUGUUUUUUUUCCUUCAAGUAGGACAAAAAAGAGGAAAGGAAACAGUCAUCACAUAUACUGCAACUGACCAUAGGUUGAAUAUCUUCACAUUUAUAUCUAUGUUUAUUAAAUUAUCACUGCUACAUUUUUACCCUAAUUUAUGACUCAGUUAUGAGGUAUAGAUAUGUUUCAUUUCUAUUUCUGCAAGUGCUUUUGAAUUCAUUUUCUUGUUUUGCCUUAUUUAGAAAAUAAACAACAUUAAACAUUUGUAAUUGAGCUGUUUGUAUCAAUCAUUUAUAGAAUGGAUGUCUGUUUAGACUCGCACCAAACCUGAAUACUUAUUGGUCGCCCUUUGAAAGAAGGAGCACUUUAUGCUCCCAACCAUACCACAGGUAUUAUCAAAUGUAGUUGUAGACAUUUCAAAUACAUUGUGUCUUAUGACAUUUUUCUGCUCGAAUUUGUGAGAUCUUGCAUACAUACACGUGUAUAAACUGUGUACAAUAUUUCUUGAUGAUGUCAAUUAAAAAAGUACAAAUACAUGUACAUAAAACAUAAUA